GAGGGAUAUAGCUGGAGGCUGGCGGCCCCAGCUUCACUCCUGUCCGGGACUACAGCAGGGAGCGCGUGGCGCACACCAUGGACAGCCUCCUGAUGAAGCAGAGGAAGUUCAUCUACCACUUCAAGAACGUGCGCUGGGCGCGCGGCCGGCACGAGACCUACCUGUGCUACGUGGUCAAGCGGCGCGACAGCGCCACCUCCACCUCGCUCGACUUCGGCCACCUGCGCAACAAGAACGGCUGCCACGUGGAGCUGCUGUUCCUGCGCUUCGUGUCCGCCUGGGACCUGGACCCGGGGCGCCGCUACCGCGUGACGUGGUUCACCUCGUGGAGCCCGUGCUACGACUGCGCGCGGCACGUGGCCGACUUCCUGCGCGGGAACCCCAACCUGCGCCUGCGCAUCUUCACCGCGCGCCUCUACUUCUGCGAGGGCCGCAAGGCCGAGCCCGAGGGCCUGCGCCGCCUGCACCGCGCCGGCGCGCGCAUCGCCGUCAUGACCUUCAAAGAUUACUUCUACUGCUGGAACACCUUCGUGGAGAACCACGAGCGCAGGUUCAAGCCCUGGGACGGGCUGCACGAGAACUCGGUGCGUCUCUCCAGACAGCUGCGGCGCAUCCUCCUGCCUCUGUACGAGGUGGACGACUUGCGCGACGCCUUCCGCACUUUGGGGCUCUGACAGGAGCGGCGGGGACACCGCGGCCUGUCCCCUCCGAGAGCGGACGCAGCCACCGCCCUGCACGCCGGCUGCGCGCGCGGCUCCCCCCACGCCGACGGCCUUCCCGCGCGGAUGAAAACACGCCAUACACACAUCUGCGUGUGUGUAUCACAUACAUAGCUGAUACAUGUACAUGCACACGUAUGUGACUCUCAAAGAACCGCAACACCUGCAGAGAAACAGAGAAGGAGCUGGACACCCGUAGCGCACGCCUGUCAUCCCAGCUACCCAGGAGGCUGA